GCUUAACCCUUGAAAUUAGUGCAAUAAGAUUCUUGAAGAUGUCAAAAUCUGGAGCAUUGGAUCUUGCCUCUGGUGUUGGAGGGAAGAUUGAGAAGAAGCAAGUAUUUUCAGCAGUGCAAAAGUAUGAGAAGUAUCAUGUUUGUUAUGGAGGGGAUGAGGAGGAGAGGAAGGCCAACUACACUGAUAUGGUCAACAAAUAUUAUGAUCUGGUGACAAGCUUUUAUGAAUAUGGAUGGGGUGAAUCUUUCCAUUUUGCUCCUAGAUGGAAAGGGGAGUCACUUCGAGAAAGCAUCAAGCGACAUGAGCAUUUUCUUGCUCUACAGCUAUGUUUGAAAAAAGGAAUGAAGGUAUUAGAUGUGGGUUGUGGAAUUGGUGGGCCAAUGAGAGAAAUUGCUAGAUUCAGUGAUGCAUGGAUUACAGGGGUAAACAACAAUGAGUAUCAAAUAGCAAGGGGAGAGGAACUAAAUCAUAAUGCUGGAGUGGACCAGAGAUGCAACUUUGUGAAGGCUGACUUCAUGAAAAUGCCUUUUUCGGACAGUACAUUUGAUGCAAUAUUUGCAAUAGAAGCAACCUGCCAUUCGCCAAAUGUGCGUGAUUGCUACUCAGAAAUAUACAGAGUGUUGAAGCCUGGUCAUUGUUUUGCUGCUUAUGAAUGGUGCAUUACUGAUUACUUUGAUCCCAUGAACCAAGAACAUCAAAGGAUUAAGGCUGAAGUUGAGUUGGGCAAUGGACUUCCUGACAUCAGAUCAAUAAAAGAGUGCCUUGAAGCUCUGAAGCUUGCAGGCUUUGAAGUUGUAUGGGAGAAGGAUGUCGCUGCUGACUCACCUCUUCCUUGGUAUUUGGCUUUGGAUAAAAAUCAUUUCUCACUAAGUAAUUUCCGGGUGACAGCAUGUGGUCGUUUUAUUACUAGAAACAUGGUAAGAACCUUGGAGUUCUUGGGCCUUGCUCCUGAGGGUAGCCAAAGAGUUCAGUCUUUCUUGGAGCAAGCAGCAGAAGCUCUUGUUGAAGGUGGAAGGAAGGGUAUAUUCACACCAAUGUAUUUCUUCUUAGCCAAAAAGCCAAAUUUCUAGUAAGAAAUUGGCUAUGUUGUAACAAGGACUUAAAAUGUUGAGAGAGAAUUAUUGGAAUAAUAAGAAAUCAAAUUGGUGUUUGGAAAGAGAUUCCUACAACAUUUCCCUAAGAAUAUGGAAUGGAUAUUUGUUAUUGAAGAACUUGAACAUUAGGAAAUCUUCAAUUUAGAUUUUUAAGGACUGAGUUGAGAGUUUGGCGUUUGCUGAUAAAAUGGGAGAAAAUAAAGGAAAGUGAAGAAAGCACACUUGGGAGAAUAUAGUUUUAUUCAAGGUUUUCAUAACCAAUCUAGGAUGAAAACCAUUUUGAGUACUGGUUCCGAUCCGACCGUUUUGAUCAGCCAGUCCAACCGGAUUUCCAAUUUUGUGUAAAAAUAUACAAAAAUUAUGUCUUAUUAUAUGUGUUUUACACACUGAAUUUGAUGUUAUGCUUAUUUUUCAA